AUGUUCGGAGGAUUCGCACCACCCCAGCAGUCCCGCGAGGAGAUCCAGGCCAUGGAGGCCGAGGCUGUCUUCACCGUGCAGCAAGUCGCCGCCACCGCUUUCCUCCUGUACAUGUGUAAGCAAGCCCUCAACUGUGUCACACUUCACCCAUCUCACAAGUCGACAGCCCCUUUUGCCAUUGAUAUGGUCAGCAAGAUCUUCUAA